AUGUCUGAUAAAUUGGAGAUUCUUUUGAGUGUUGAGCCAUGGACAAUGAGCAGAGAUGUUGUUUUGUAUGAAUCUGCUCCCAGAUUGUCGCUUGCAGAUAAGUUUUUCCUGUGUAGAUAUCUAACUGAAACAGCAGGUGUGAUAAUGCCGCCGCCUAGAAUCAGAGAAAUUGGCAUCAAGUGUUUGACUGUGACUGUUCUGCAACAGCACCGAUUCCAAUCCAUUCUCGAGCAUUUGGAAGGAGAGGAUUGGAUGUAUGAACUGGCUAGGCUUGAGGCCAGUUUGUUAGCCACCAUGGCCUAUGUGUCACUUCUCUCUUAUUGUUAUCGCCGUGCACUCGCAUCGUUUUCUUUUGGUAUCAUAACUAGAAUUUGUCUAUAG